CGAACAGAUCAAGACACAUUUUGCUGCCAAUAUUUUGCUGUCAUCCAGGAAUGGUUCGGCUGCCGGGUCGCUGCGAGUCGAAUAACGACGCGCCUCUUAUCUUGGUGAAAAUUGGAGAAUUGACGAACGAACUUGGAGUCGAAGUCGAUAUCCCGAAUCAUAAGCACCACCUGGUCACUCAUGAUCCUUGCAUCGCCGACUGGACGAGAUCAUCCAUUGUAGAUUUCAAGGCAGGAUCACUGUGGAGUUAUGAGAAAUAUUGUCUUCUGUGGGAUCCGAAAAAGGCGAACUUUGUCGCCAAAGUCUGCUACACAUGGGUAUUGGUAAACGGCUGGGAUAAAUUUUGCGUGUUUAUAGCUAUUUCAACCUUGCUGAUGAUUUUCAUCGGCUACUCUGUGGUUCCGGAACUCAAGACUCCCCACGGAUUGAUUUUUCGGUGUUACGUUGCCAAUUAUGCUCUGAUACAUGUGGGACUGAUGGGAGCGGCACUUACGUACGAAUUGCCAGAGUAUCCCGUUUUCUUCACGAUUUUCGUUGAGUUUAUACGGUUCUCCGUUUUUUCCGGAAUAUCCUGGCUCAACGUGAUGAACUUUGAGAUGUGGAGAUCGUUCCGGAGUUUAAAUACUUUACAAAUGAGGGAACGAACGAGAAAAAAGUUCACAUGUUACGCCAUCUACGCUUUGCUAGGACCGAUCUUAAUGGUUGCGGUCGUCAACGAGGCUUCGACCAAGAUACCGGUCACCUACGACGAUCCGGGCGUGGCUGCAUUCAAACAUUGGACGAGUGUCGGAAUAGUUCUCGCUGGUAGUCUCUGCAAUAUUUUCUUAUACUCGACGACGGCGCGUGUACUAAACAAAUUCAAAAAGGACACAAGGCCUUUGACAGAUUUGUCAAACGAACACUACGCAGAUAGGAGACAAUGGUUCAAGCUACACAUGAAAUUGCUGUUGCUGACUGGAGUCCAUUCGAUAGUGUGGAUCGUGUGGUACACCUGGCCGACAGCUUGGCUGACCCACGUCUUCGCCUUGGUAGAAGUUAUUCAGAGUGGACUUUUGUUAUAUAUUUUUUUGUGGAAUGAUAAAGUAAAACGCUACGCGAGCAAACUAUUUAACCAAGUGUUGUGUUGGUUGGGGUAUUUUUCGCUUCCGCUUAUCACGAUGAUCCGUUUCCAAACACUUACACUGAUUUUUCACGUCUUCGUUUCAAGGCUUCGUCGCCGGACCGAACAAAUAGCUGCGUAAAUUUAUAACUUUUUCGAUAUACUGAAUGAUGUCCUCACAGUUUUAGGUAAACAC